GUUCUAUGCGAAUUUGAAACGGAGACAAAUACAACGAUGGAUGAAUUCCCACUAAAAAUGCUCAGCAGCGACGCAGCUCCACAACAAUCCUCUGCCGCCAACAAUGGCGGCUUCGACUGCAACAUCUGCCUGGACUUCGCAGUGGAUCCAGUGGUCACCCUCUGCGGCCAUCUCUACUGCUGGCCGUGCAUCUACAAAUGGCUACAUAUGGAAGGUAGAAUUCCUCCCCAGUCUUGCCCGGUAUGCAAGGCCGCCCUCUCCGACGACUCCCUCGUGCCUCUCUACGGCCGCGGCAGGCCGGCCAAAAGGCAACAUCAAGCCCUGGCGAUCCCUCGCCGGCCCCCCAACCACCAACGUCACCGUCACCUCCACCCUCAUCUUGGCCACGGAGAUGAGCUCUUGUCUUCAUCAUUGCCGCCGCCGCGCAUGGUGAGCUCGGCCACCGUGGGUGUGCUUGGGGAAAUGGUGGUUGCGGUGCUGCCGUGGGUGUUUCGAAAUCAUCCGGUGGGGGCGGGGAUGGCCGGAGGAUUGUACUAUUCGAGCCCCUAUCAACAAGCAGUUGGAGGGGGUCUGAGGCUGAGAAGAGAGGAGAUGCAGGUGGAGAGAUGGUUGAAUCAGAUAUGGAUGUUUGUCUUCUGUUGUGCCAUCUUCUGCUUUCUGUUGUUCUGAUAUGAAAGAAAAAGAUGAAAUAAUUUUUUUUUUUUUUUAAUAGGAGGGGUUUGUAUAUAA